CGCAGUUUGCAGUAAGCAUUAACUCUCUUCUCCCCUCCCCUCCUAAUUCUCAGAACCCAUGCGGAACUUGAUCUCCAAAGUAGCCUUGGGGGUCUCCAGAAUCCCCUUCGAGCUUUGGUUGGCCUAGGGCUUUCUUUCUCGCCUGGCAAAGUUUGUGCCUCCAGGGCUGGCAGCAGCGCGUGCGAGCAGCGCCCAAGCUCCGUGCGGUGUGCUCUGCGGAGAAGGCAGCCAUUGGACGGUCAGCAGCACGUGGCCGCCCUUGGCUGUAUAUUAGGGCAAUAUUUACCUCCCAAACCGCUUGCAAUGGCACGGCGAGAGGAACUGGUGUAGCGGAGGCGAAGCCAGCAAGACAGGGCAAGGCAAAGUAAAGCAGUGGAGCCCGGACGGUCCAGCUACCUCCGGGGUCGCCUUCUCGCCACUCUUGCUCCACCUGCUACCCUCGAGCGGUCGGACUGGACCAUGAAUUCGUACCUGGAAUAUAUCUCGUGCGGAGAAGUGCUCACCUUCUCUCCUAAGUUCUGCCGCUCAGAUUCCCGGCCAGUGGCGCUGCAGCCUGCCUUCCCCCUGGGCGGGGAGGGCGCCUUUGUGAGCUGCUUACCGGUAGCUGCGGCUGGGGCUCGGCCCGUGCCUCCUGCCCUAGCGCAGCCCCAACCCCAGCCGCAGCCUCCACCGCCGACGCCGCCCUCACCACAGCUGCCGCCGCCCCCAGCCCCUGCCCGGGUCCCUGGAGCGCCUCCGUUCUCGCAGUGCACCCUCGAGGGCGCCUACGAGGCGGGCGCCGCACCUGCCGCAGACUACGGCUUCUUGCCACAGGGCUCAGCAUACGACUUCUCUGGAGGCCUCGGGCCCGCGGCCGAAGACAGCGUGGCCGGCCAAGUUCACUACGCCACUUCGGCCGUCUUUUCAGGCGGCGGCUCUUUCAUUCUCAGCGGCCAAGUGGACUACGGCGCCUUCGGCGAGUCCAGCCCCUUCCCGCAUGGUCUCAAAGAGCAAGGCGAUGGCCCAACCGGGGGCUUCCAGGCGGUCUCCCCAGCUCCUGGAUCCUACCCCAAGUCCAUCUCUCCCGCCUCCGGGCUUCCCACAGCCCUCAGCACUUUUGAAUGGAUGAAAGUGAAAAGGAACGCCCCCAAGAAAAGCAAACUCUCCGAGUAUGGCGUACACAGCCCCUCAAGCACGAUACGAACAAAUUUCAGCACCAAGCAACUUACUGAACUGGAAAAAGAGUUUCAUUUCAAUAAGUACUUGACCCGGGCCCGCCGGCUAGAAAUAGCUCAUUCCUUACAGCUGAAUGACACUCAAGUCAAAAUUUGGUUCCAGAACCGAAGAAUGAAGCAGAAGAAAAGGGAAAGAGAGGGAUUGUUGGCCAGCACUUCACCUGUAACGCCUCUUCAGCUUUCUGUGUCGGGUAUGAGCCCUGCAAAGUCUGGCAAAAAUGUAGAGAGCCCUGCUCCCUCUAAAGACUCUUCUUCAUAAAUUAACUCUGAAGCCUUUCAGUACAGACUUGACCUUUCCUCAUAAGCAAGUUUCUGAGGGCUGCAGAAAAUCUCUCAGACUUUAUUGCUAAUCUUACGUUCCUUUGGACUUUUGGGAGUGGACUAGAAGGUUACAUUGAGGAGAGUUUCACUUUUUAAAAGAAAGUACAGUAUAUUAAUUUCUUUGUGCUCGAAGUUGUGUGCAUACCGGUCUUAAUUUGAUGCCUUUUAAGCAACUUGUUUACCUCUUAUUUAUGUGUCUUAUCAGGGAAAUUGGCUCCCAGCUGCCAGUCCAACCUUGCUGCUACCUUUCCUAACCGGCCUUAUACAAUUCUGGACUUUAAGGGGUGACACAAAAUACUGUCAGAAUUUCCCAAGUCCCCCGUGUGAUCCCAGAGCUGCAUUUCCUAUGUAUAUGCAAACAGCGUUUUUGUUGUUGUUUUAAGUGACAAGGCAACAACCUCAGCCUCAUAGGUUGACCAAAGAUAGUGAGGAUCUCAUUGGUAAGAGCUGAGCUGCUUCACUGGAAUCCUCAACAUUUGCACUACAGGUCUUUUCUUUUAAAGCUAUUCCUACCUCUUCAUGUGCCUGAAUAAAAAUACAAUCCUUUGUUUAGUUUUGCUGAAUUUGCAAGGAUUUAUUCAUCUUCUUAGGUGUAAUUUAGAAACUGACACACCCUCACGUUAGUCUUUAGUUACAUGGAUUUGUGUAUAAAUAUACAGUAUGUAUAUUUUUAAAUGGGAUUUGCCUGCAAUGAACUUGGGUCAAAAAAUUUAUCAGAAUAGCAUGUUUAAUGAGUUGGGACUUUUUUUUUUUUUGGUAAUAAAAGUUAUAGAAACCUUUAGUCAUGGCAUUUCCUUAUUCUUUCUUUUCUGCCUCCCUUACCACUACUUCUAUAUUCAACUAUUUUUUAAUGUUUUUCUUAACAUUUCAUUGUUUUCAAAACAAACUAUGUACACAUAAAAGUCAAGCAGAGAAUUGGAGGACAGUUAUUUGAAUAUCUCAAAAGAAAGAAAUUCAUUAGCUAGAAAGAGCCUAAUUACUAAUUAGGAGAAAAAUUUAUUUUACAAAUUAUCAGAAUUAUUAAACUUGAUAUGCUUUGUGGUAGGCUUGUAGGUACCACCUUAAAUAAAGGGAUAAGUGACUUGACAUGCUAAUGUUUUAAAGCAACGAGGCCCAGAAAAUAAGAGCAUCUCCUUUCCCCCUUUUCUCAGGUCUUUACAAAAGGAAAAGAAUGACAGGAAGACUUCUAAAAAGGCAGCUGCACAUCAAAAAGGAUUGAGCAUAUGAAUUCACAUUUCCAAAGUCAAGCAUUACAAAAGAGAAUGGGAAAAGCCCAACAAUCAGAACUUUAAGUUCCCUCCUACCCAAACUGACUGGCUAGAUAGGGAGGAAACAAGGGCAACCUUCUGCUAACUUUUUAUAGAGCUUGGGUGGAGGAUGAAAAUAAUUACUUUGCUGAUUCAAGAAACCUUACCUUUCUGUUUCUCCCUGCCCUUAUACCUCAAUUAUCUGCAUAUUCUUGAUUGAAAGUUUUAGUGAUUGACUCAUCCAGAUAAGUACUUCAAUUCUUAUAUGUGUUAAGGUCUAAAUGUCAGGAUUUUAAUAUGUUUGGUCAAAUGUUUAUGCCAAAGCCUUUUAGAAGUCUAAAAAAUGAAGACUGUGGAGGCUUGUCUUUUCUAUUAAGAUAGGGGUAAAAAAUAAAUCCUAAAGAGAAAUGGAUAAAAUUAUUGAUCAUCUUAGAAAAUGAAUUUACCUAAAGCUCUUUGCUUACUACAAGCAACCACAAUUGCUAGAGGUAAGAGAGCAAAAAUAAAGUGAAAUUAAUUCUUUUAAGGGGGAAAAAAGGUGACUUUUUAGUUGGGAUUCAUGAAAGGUGGAAAGGUGUCAUUUAAAAAAAAUCUGUCAAUAUUAUUCUUAUGUUUAACCAUCUGCCCCUCAAUAACUUAAUGCUAAUGAAGUCUUGGUUAAAACAACAGCUACCCCUCCUGUGAACUGUUGCUUUUUCAAAAGGGUUUCGAGAUGCUAGAUUACAGCCACCUCCGGUCUUCUCCAUGGUGGUCUUUGACAUUACAAUGUUCUGUGCUUUGAUAAGCAUUCAGAUCUACACUUAAACAAAACAAAACAAAAAUACCAACAUGCAUGAUUAUUUCCUAAACCUACCACCCCCUUUUCAAGAGAAAAUACAUUGCAGUUUGGGAAAUUCAAAACAACCAUAACAAAAAUAGUCAUAGUUCUAAAAUUCCCAGGUAGACCUUUCUUCUAUGGUUAUUUUCAUGUAGGUAUAACAUUGCUCUCUGAAUCAGACUAUAAUUAGCUUUUUUUUUUUUUUACUAGCCCCAGGGAAUCCUUAAAAGGUUUUUAAUGGGAAUAAAUCCCUAUAUAUCUAUAUUCAGCACUGGGGAGUGUACUGACUGGAGAUGGGUAUGAAAUAAGUAGCCUCUCAAAGUCCCUUGGAACAAUAAGAAUAUAUAGAAACAAAUGAUAGACUUGUGGGUAUUGUGCUUUAUGCUCUACAAAGUAAAACAGGAAGUUAAGUUCAAACAAAAGGAAGGGAGAACUGUAUUGCUAAAACUAUCCAGGAAAAGUGAAGUGGAGGAAUUAAACAAUUAUUCCACAGAUUUGGUCAGUGUUAAAAGGUCAAAUGGAUAAUUUAGGCAACCUUACACUUCCCACAAUUGAGGUCAUUGCCUCCAUUCUAUAUUGCAUUUAUAGGAUGAACCCAAUGCUAUGUAAAAUCAGAAUUUUCCCUGUAGUAGGGUGCUUAUCACUGGAAGAGUAACACUACUGGAAAUAGCUUCAUUUUUUUUUAUUUCAUAAGACUUAACAUGAAUGUAAAUAUAAUUCCCAGGAACCCAUUGCUCGAAUGAAUACACAAUGGACAUUUAUAACUAUGUAUGAUUGACCUUUUCAAUGCCCCUUUGUCUUCACAGAAUAAUUGUGUGUCCAGUUUUCUAGACACUGGACAGUGUAGUGAGAAUGAAGAAAUAAGGCAUUUAACUGCAAAUCAAAGCUACAUGAUUUGAAUAAUGGCAAAUGAAGGCUUGUUAAUUUAAAAACCCAAACCAAUAUAACUUAACAUUCACAAAAUAUGGAUUUAUUCUUCCUCAACCUCAAAUGUGGUAUAGCCUAAGAUUAGAAAAGGUUAUACUGGGUUAUCAUAUCAUCUCCAAAAGGAGGAGACUCUGAAGAGCUGCAUUAGCUCUGGAGUUUUUAAUUAUUUCUCAUGGUCAAAUAAAUCUUCUAUAUUUGCAGAGUAUUGGAUUUGAAAACCUCAGAAUCUGAUCAAGUUGAGAGAAAUGCUUGGUCUGACCACAGACCUCUCCAUCAGAAAAGUACCCAAUGCUGAAUCUUUAUUUGUGGUUUAAAAAUGAAAGCAUAGUGGAUAUGAGUCCAAGUAAUUCCUAAUGUUCAUCUAAGACAAUGUCAAGAUUUUCUUGAUUUUGAAUUCUACAAAUGCAACUUAGAAAUGAAUAUGAAAUAAUUAUACAGUGUAGGCCAACUAAUCCAUUUUUCUGCUCCUUUUAUGCUAAGAAAUCUUGCUUCAUGCUAUAAAGUUUAAAGCACUAUGGAAAGGCAAAUGAAAAGUCAAGUAAUAGCAAAAUGGAAGAGGACAAAUUCUAAACAUCAUGAUGAAGAUAGUCUGGAAUAAAAACUGUAUAGGAUUUAGGAUUGGUUAAGACUCCUUUUUCACCCUCAGUUCACUCUCUGAGUUACAAGUAUAGGAAAAAUAUAUCACAGUCAUCACCUUUAUCAUCAUUGUCAUCAUCAUCAUCAUCACUGACAUUUAUAUUGUGCUUUAAGCAAAAUGCUUUAUCUGGUGUGAGCCUCAUUGUACUCUUCUGAAGGAGUACUAUGCAAGUUAUUACUGUUUUACAGAGAGACAAUUGAGAUUCAGUGAAACUAUGGGUAUUUCCCAUGAUCGCACAGUUGACUAAGUGAAGUGCCGGGGAUUCAAACUCUAGUAUUUCCAAACUCUAAUUCUAUUUCUCUUCUAUGCCAGACUGAUAUAUCAUGAAUGAACAAAUCUACACUGUUAGCCUAAAAACACUUCCCAAAAGGAAUAAUAGAACCUGGCAAAUAACCCUGAGAAAACAUCUUUUCACUUUUUAUGUUUGCUAAAAGGUUACAAAUAAAUCAUCUAGUAAUUCUAUUCAAUAAAUAUUUAUUGACCUACUAUAUACAAAGUUCCAUGAAGUUCUCAGGCAUGGGAAUGAAUCUGAGUUCUCAAAGGCUAUGCCAGAACAAUGCAAGCUUCAAAAUGUUUGAUCUUGUCAGAAAGAUUUAAUAUAGCAAUGAACUAAAUCUGGAUAAAAGUAUAAAAGAGUCAAAACUGGAGUUGCUACUGGAAAUUAGGCACAUUAAGGUACUUUUGGUAGAGAUGUCAAAUGGUCUGACUAUUCUAUCAUGCAUUUUGGAAUUUUGUGAAAAAAGAUGCUUUUAUUAUUCAUAUCCUGUGAUCCAGUGAUCCCACUAUUUGGGCAUACACUGUAAGAAAAGCAAAUAUAAAAAAGAAAGCUAUGACAUAAACAAAAUUAUUCACAGCAGUAUUUUUUGAUAACAAAACCAACAACACAAAAUGCAAAUGAAGUGAUCAGCCAUAAAUUGAGGAAUUGUUUAAUAACUACAUUUUUGUACUGUAAGAAACUAUGAAUAUGAGGAAUUCAGAGAAAUAUAAGUAGACUUUUGUGAACUGAUACAGUUUGGUGUGGGCAUAACCAGAGAAGAUCUUAUAUAUAUAUAAUGAAUAUAAUGUUGUAAGUUAAAAUUACAUAAACAAAUCUGAGCUCAUAAGUGCAAUGACCAAUAUUGAAGAUCCAAAUGUAACAAAAACAAAAAGCAAACAGACACAGUUGCUGUAUUGGUUGAUUUUACUUGGCUCUUGCUGUGGUGAGUGUACUUAGAUUGUGAGUAAGAAUUGUAAAUAGGGAAAUUAUUAUGAAGUUAAAAGAUGCUUUAAUAAAAUAAUUCUUUUUUUAAA